AUGGGGGCUAUCGCCGCAGCGGGCGGAAGAUGUGUCGUCUCCUCUGAAACCGGCUUCUCCUCCGUUAAAUGUGAGAAUCCAGAGGCAAUGGAUUUCAGUCAGAGUCUAUCCGAAUGGGCCAAGGAUAAACCUUUGAGCAUCUUGCAGCUCGAUCCAGCUGAUCGAGCCGUAUUAAAAAUCGCAGAUGAACGGGACUCCAUCCAGAAGAAAACAUUCACCAAGUGGCUCAACAAACACCUCAAGAAGGUCAAUCGCCAUAUUGACGAUUUAUUUGAUGACUUACGUGAUGGACAUAACUUGAUAUCACUACUUGAAGUACUUUCUAGUGAAUUAAUUCCCAGAGAAAAAGGGAGGAUGCGCUUCCAUCAGCUCCAAAAUGUACAAAUGGCACUAGACUUUUUAAAAUCAAGAAAUGUAAGUAGUUUUUUUGUUGAUAAAAUUUUGUAAUUUCUACCAGAGGCGUAGCAAGGCAUGGGCGAAGAGGGCGACAGCCCACGGCCUCGCAUCUGCAGUUCGUUCCAAAUUUUUCUCCAGUGGAAGUUUGUUCCGAGAAAACAUUUUAUUUUUUCAGACCAGAAUCAAUUGAAAAAUAUAGAUAAAAACACAAAUCUUUCUCAUCAAAAAAAAAAAAGAAAGAAAAAACAAAGGUGCUGAUCAAAUUGUCAUGUGAAAAGAAAGAUUUUAGUUGGGGGGGGGGGAGAAGAAAAAACCAAAGCGGAGGUCGGAAGCUCUAGGGCUGUCUACUCAAACACCUUUGACUGAUCCCUCAUUUGCAUUCGUAUUAAGGACAUAAUUUUACCUCAUUUCACAUUGUUGAUUAUCCCUUCUAUAUUUAUAACAGUAAAUGUGUAGCCAAACAGUGGCGGUUCUAACGGUAAGGGCAAGCGGCCUCGUGAUGCCUCAAAGGCCUGAUUAAAGUAUCGGGAAGUGAUUGACCGAACCUGUUUUCGAAGGCUCCCAGUUGCGAAACUUUAUAAUUUUAGCUAUUGGCCAAAAAAAUUUCGGCUAUUUGUGGACUCCUAAAAUGCAGGCCCCUUGGUCAUGACUUAGUAGGUCUAUUCAGUAAUCAGGGCCUGGAUGCAACAGAGCCCUGAAGUUCCACUAGAAUCUAAAACAUGAAUAGGGUAGACCGGGGGAUUGCCGCCACCUGGGGAAAUGCCACCACACCUGAUAUUUGAGUCAAGGAAACUGGACAGCCAGCCUGACAGCUCUUGACCUGUAGCAAAGGAUGCUACAACCAAUGCCCCAAGUCGAUGGCAGCCAUUGCACGCGUUAUUUUCUUAUAGUGUCGAACGUUGUUUUGAAGAAGUUUGAUCUUAUUUUUCCACUUUAAAAAAGCUGAGGUACGUACCUUUAGAUGCUGCAGUGGCAGCAUUUGCUAUGAACAACUUUUGACUAGAUAUUUUAGCCUACAUUUUAAUCAACAAUGUCAAUCACUUACGUUUGUUUUGAUGUCUUAUUCUACAUUUCUUCCAUCUUGUCGGA